CAAAUAUCGGCCUGCAACCGCCACAUUCAAACAGCCCAGAAGCCAGCCAACCAACAACAACAACGAUGCUGCUGGAGACGUUGAUCGAGGGCGGACCAAACUUGCCAUGGGCCACGCUCUGUGCCGUGAGCGACCCAGCCUUUCCCGAUCACGCGUCAUGGGUCGUGUUGCGGGACAAUGGAACCGUGGCUUUGCUGAGAGCGGAAACAACCGCCUCCAGCAACAUGUUCAAGAGCUACGGAUGUCCAAAGCAGCUCCUCAACACCAAUGUCCACGUUCUCGCAGCUUCACCAUGCGCAACACGCGUGGUGCUCGUCACGGCUGAAUUGCUGUUGGCGGUGUGGGGCAUUACCACCUCCUCAUUAAUCAAGGCCAGACUCCCGGCGACGAUCACAACCCACCAUCUACCUGGUCUGAGCGUGGCGUGUUCUCGGCGAUCAUCACCAACCACCGAUGCCUGUAUGGACUCAAGAACAGUUGUAGCGCUGGCAAGCAGGGAUGCUGUAUUCGUUGCUAUGAUCCCAGCACACAGCCACGACCGUGACAACACGGAAGAACCCGCAUGGAAGCAUAUGCACAUGCCCUCGCUGCCAGACCAACCAAAUCAGCAACGACAACAGACACAACAGCAACAGACACAGCAUCAACAGCGGUUUCUGGCUUGCAGCAAUGACGUUGUGGCGUGGCUUCGUAUCUCGCUGUGUUUGUCUGACAUAACACGUCCUGUUCUGGUCUCCCACGGACAACUUGCUGUCGAGGAGAAGAUGAUGACACACACGCUGCCUAAUGACGAUGGUGAUGGAGGUCGUGGAGCUGCAACUGCUGCUGCUGCUGCUGCAACUGCUGCUACUGCUGCUGCUGAUGAUGAUGAUGAUGAUGCUGCUACUGCUGCUAAUGAUGAUGGUACGCUGCUUUCAGCGCUCCACCACGCCAUACCAUUGGCACCGCCCGCAUCCACAGCCUCAGAUGCAUGGGCCAGGAUUGUGCUUGCACGCCUGUCGCCCUCGGCCCACAUCUGGUGCAUCGCGGCAACGGCCACAACACAGCAUGAAGGCUGCGACAACACUGCUUGUCUCGCAUUUCUGCUCGCUGCACCACCGUCAUCAUCAUCGUCGUCGCGUGGUUCACAGCGGUUCUCCCCACCGACAUGCUGUGUAGAGCACAUCACCGCACCAACACCAGCAGCAACACUUCGCGACAUGUGCUGGGACUCCAAGGGCUGGAGCGUCAUCUUGCUCUGGUCCACUGGUCACUUGACGCUGGUGCCCGUCAACACAUCGCCAUAUUCCCUGUGCGAGCCAGCAGGCUCCGUGCACGUGCAGCAGCCUCAGGCAACGCUGGCGCCACUCAGCAACACGCUGUGCCCGCUGCCCGCGCGUCGCUACAACUCUCUGCGUGAUCACUUUGCACAGGUCUCUGUAUCCACGGGCCGCCGCCUCGCUGUCCUCGCCUUUGAUCGCCCAACCCCAAUCGCGUGUGCUCUCACUUCUCCGUCACACCAUCGCCAGCUGCCGCGCAGUCGAUCGCGACCACCUCAACCACCACAGCCAUCACCGUUAUCACCGCCAUCACCGUCAUCGUUGAGCAGCGCUGCCGAAGAUGGCCACGAUGGCGGGGGUGGUGACCACCACCUCGACCACCACCACCACCACCACCAGCAGCAGCAGCAGCAGCAGCAGCAGCAGCAGGAGCACGACGAUACCGAUGCUCCUGCGUUUCUGGCUCGGCUGCACGGCAUUGCCGCCGCAUGCACAUCUGCUGUCCCUACAGCAACAGCAACAGCAACAGCAACAGCAACAGCAACAGCAACAACAACAGCAACGGCACCAACAACAGCAACGGCACCAACAGACAGUGUUGUGCAAGAGGUGCUGUUGCUGAGCGCGUAUCGAGCAACGGCGCGUUGCUUUGGCCGCAACGUGGAGCAGCUUCUGCUCGCUGAACAGCAGCUGUGUGUUGUUCUUCCUGGCCUUUCAGCGGCAGAUCUGAACGCAGUGCUUGUCUGGUUGCCUCGACGACUCGUGACCGUCCAGUCCGCGAGCAGCGCUGUGCAACCGCCAUCAGCGGUGGCAGAAACAGUGAAAUCAGACACCGCAAUGAUUGCGCAGCUCCUGUUCCCCGUGCUAUUGCAGCCUCUUGUGCGAGCAGCGCUCCUGAAGGAAUUGCCACACCUGGAGGACAGCGCCAACAGUUCCUCUGAUACCACCACCGCCAUCGAUGGCGGUUCGGGAAAUGUACUUGAUGUGCACACGUUCCUCGCUGCCACCGAGGGCAUAUCAGCGCCCUCCCAGCUGGGCCAGCGCCGGGACGCUGUGCUGUCGUCACUUCGCCGCGUCAUUCACAGCGUGCAGCGGAUGGCCACGGCACCGACAGCCCGCGAGUUAGAACGGCAUCGAAUCAUGCGCGAGUUGGAGGAAGUGGAGCGACUGCUGCAGUGGCGGCGUGACUUUGGAGACAUGCACAUGUGGGCGGACAUGCUUGCACUCCCGCUUUUGGACGCGCUCACCAUCACAGGUCUCUCUGUGGAUCACACGCGUGUGUCGAGAAGGGUGCCUUUGCUCUCCGAAUAUCUCGGGCAGCGCUCGACCCAACCACACGCGAGCAUUGAAGACAUCACUGUUGAUGAGGAGCAACACAUGGUGACGGUGACACGCCGUGCUCUGAGGGCGGGGCAGCUGGACAAUGCCUGCAAGCAGCUGCAAUUGCUGUGCGGCCUGCCAUCCGCGCUGAGUUCGUUGUGGUGGAACGAAGAUAUUGUGGACGGCAGCAAUCUACGCAUCGCUGACACAUUGAAUCAAGUUGCCCAAAGUCUUCGCUCGUUCUUACCCUUCACUCUUGGCCACAACAGGCAACAUGGCCUGGCUGCUUGUCUGGACGCAACGUGCGACAUUGAUGACAUGGAUGACGACGAGCAAUCGCUACUGCACGUAUCCCGCCUCCAUCGCUGGCUCCUGCUCUCAGAUGAGACGGACAGGGCCGUUGAGUUGCUGCAGACGCGCGGAGAUUGGUUGCUCGCGUACACCAUUGCUGUUGCCCGCGAUGUCACUCCAAACGCUCUUGCUCUCGCUCGUCCCAUCUUGCUGCGCGCUUGCUGGCACGCCGACUUCUCGCCAUGGAUGGAAAGCCGCGUCACGCGAGCUGCUGUCAUCGCGGGAGAUGUGGAUGUGGUCCUGGCACUGCUCGAGAACCACCUGCGGACGCUUGGCGAGGCCGUGGGCUCAAUAACGCCAGUGGUCGAGCACCAGCGCGACAUUCCAGCAGAGAGCGAUGACGCCGAGUUUGGGUUUCUGUGUGAUACGCAAGAGUUUGAUGCGUCCACUUGCUCAACAGAGGCUGUGCUGCGGACGAUUGCUGGACGUGCAGUCCGCGCAUGUGCGGCCAUUGUCAACGCGACGGGAGCACUUACAAAUAUCGACCGUCAUGCCGAACCGCCAUUGCAGCACUACCCAGUCGUGAUUCAGAGGGUUGUUCGCCUGUGUUGGGUCCUGCACAUUCGCGACAAGUUUUCGCUGCUGUGGCACCAACCUGCCACAGUGGAAAGCGGUCACACGAUUGUGCUAUUUGCUCAGUGUGGGUUGGCGUUUGGCGCGUACAAUGUGCAAGAAUUCUCGGUGAAGGCAAUUGAAGGCAUUCCAGACAAGUACAAGCGAGCCAGCAUUGCCCAGGAGGUUCAGGCUGCAAAUGUCAUCGACUCCGCAAGACUGCGAACAAAGCUGGCAGCGCUGGCGGAUCUUGGGCGCGAUGUCAAGCUUGGGUGCGACCGAGAUGCGCGGCACGCUGGCCCCUUUGCCUGUGCAGCGUUUGCAGAGUUUGCACAGCGGUGCGUGCGGCACAUUUACUUGGCAUCUGCGUCCAUUGAUGGACUGCCGCAUGUGGAGACGAGGUUCGACGUUACAGUUGGUGAGCGCGACCACCACGAACAGUGCAUGCUGCGAUUACUGGCGUUGAGGGCCGGCCUUGCAACACCUGACUCAACAAAGGAAGACUCUGGCGCGGCCACACAGCGCCUGGCACCACUGGCCGUUGGUGAUGUGGCAUGUGUGCUAAACGAAGCUGCGAGAUCGCGCCAACAGCAGCGUGCAGUGCAUCAUUCUCAACAGCACAAUGUCUCAUCCGCUGUGUCGGGCCAAGCGUUGCUCCGAAGCCAGCGUUCGUCAUAUCCAUCCACUUCACAAGCAUCAAGCCUCCUUCUUGCCACCACGAGGGCGAUGGAGGCUCUUGGGCUCACGCCGCCAAGUUUUUCGCAACAGCUCGACAGGGAAUGGUAUCGCCAGUGCAAUCGACAUGUGAGGCGUCACCGGCACCGCAGCAACAGCAGGAACAAGCAUCAACACAGCCCGGCCACCAGCAUACAAACUACUCAACAACAACAGCAGCCACAACAGCCACAGCAACAACAACAGCAGCCACAGCAGCAACACCAACAACAGCCACAGCAACAGCAGCCACAGCAACAGCAGCAUGUAGCAGCAACUUCACUAUUGUCUUCCUCCGAAUCAGUUGUGUCACGCACGUCAGACUCCACCAUCUCCUCCACGCCGUCACGCCAGCUGCCACUGCAGCCGCGCCCCGCACUCUGUCGAUCACCGCGAGCAGCUGACAAUGUCCUGAGCAUCGCAGAUGUGCGUGUGCCUGGUGGUGCGAGCGGCAGGAUGACAGGCUCUGCACCCCUGCUGCUGUCGCUGUCGCCCUCAAACGCGGGCAUGGUCAGCAACCCGUGGCUCCUUGAAAUGACGGCAGCGGCAGAUGUGACAGCAACGAUGGGGUGUACGUCCCGAGCGUCUGCCACGCAGUACAGCGAAGAAGGCGCAUGUGCGCUUUCCUUCGAGGCACCAGAUGUGCUGCUGGCACCUGAUGGCCGAAGGCGAACCCGUGGCUGUGCUCCAUCACCGCUCGCCACCAGCCCUCAGCGGCGCCUGUCUUGGUCAGUGUCCGGGGGACAGGCAACGAGCAUGGCGACACGCGAGUCCGGCAAAUUUGGAGGGCUGCAAACACGCGAUGUAACCAGCAGGGACGGCGAGGGGCUGUGCACCCCAACAGCCUUCUCCGGGGCAAGAGGGCCGCGCACACCAGGCUUGGGUGUACUGCAGGAUGCUGCGUCAACGGAGUCCUCACCAAUCAUGCUGGGCGUGGCUUCAACGCCGCGCCAGCACAUGCACAAGCAGCGCCAGCAUCACUACCCUGCUGCCGUGGAACAGCCAAUCCCGUACAGACUGCGUGGCGGCGGGCUCACAUCUUUGCACGACAACAUACAACAGCAGCAGCAGCGGCAGCAGCAAUUGCAAGGGCAGCACGCACAGCAGCAGCAAGGGCAGCAACUUCUGCAGAGUUUUCCCGGCCUGGUCAUCGUGCCACCAUCAGAUGCAGACAGCGGCGACGUGACCUUCGAUCAGUCCAACGACGGCAAUAGGAGCAGCUCCGACCUCAUGGCGCAUCAAGCGCAAGCACGCGAUGAUGCAACGCAUCCGCGUGUGCCGCAUGUCAAUGAUGUGAAUGACGACGAUGAUUACGCUUAUGAUGAAGACGAUGGACAUGGUUUCUCGCACGCUCACUCUCAGCAUCAUCACCGCCAUCACCACCAUCACGUCCCGGUGCCAAGGAUGGACAGCAGCGACGAUGAUGACGAUGAUGAUGAUGGUGAAGACAAGGAGGAGGAGGAGGAGGAGGAAGUCACGGCGGAGGCGGUUGCAGGGGCAAGGGCAGAUGGUGGGGGUGUUCUGGGUGUGGCGAAACACGCUUGGAGUGGUGAGCAUGGCAACAUGCCAUCAUCUUUACAAACAGCAACAGCGCCGCUGAACCGCAGUGCAGCUUCAGACGACGCACUUGCCACCAUCCGACUGCCCGUGUUGCGGGGGACGCUGAAGCGAGAAGGCAGUGGCCAUCUUGUGUCGCCUUCACAGCGCCUCCAACAAACGCAGUGGCUCUCUCCGCAUCAGCGCGGUUGCAAUACGAGCGAGGAUGCUGCCGAAGAGAGUGCGAGCGAACUUGAGGACUUUGGUCGUGGACACGAGAGCAAGGUGGAACAUGACACAGCGAACAAUACAGGCGGGGAAGGGCGAGGCGGCUCAAGCGACGGCAAGUUGAAAUCGAACGAUGCAUUAGAAUGCGACGCGGAGGACGAUGUUUCAGACGCGAUGCACAGGGGCGAUGUGGGCGAUGUUGGAGAGCAAGCGAUGGGCACCGAAGCAGCAGAGGACGUGAGUAGCGGAGAGAUGAUGCCUGUGAAGGUGUUGAACGAGUGGGUGAGAACACCGCCGAGAAAGCAUCAAAAGGGCAUUUCUCGUGUUCCAACACACGUGACAAGAGGAAGGGGUGACGGCGCAAACGGUACGGACCGUGAUCGCACCGACCACGGUGUGUUGCAUCGUCAACAAGCCAGAGAUACCCAGGGGGAUGAGCACGUGUGUGUUGGCCAGCAUCGACACACGACAUCAACUCAUUCUUCUCAGCACGAGAAAGGAAAGAGGUCGAGGCUGGGGAAAGAACAGGCACAGUCACAGCACGCAGAAAGACAAGCAGCGGCACAGUCACAGCACGCAGAAAGACAAGCAGCACCAACGGGCUCAACCCGUGAGAAAAGGCCAGGUCAACAGCAGAAAGGGCAACGACGACAACAAAACGAUCAUGACGCAACGCGAACUGCACCAAGAAGGCAGCAGCACGACCGUCACACGAAACAGCACACUUCAAGCGCGAGUGCAACAAGGAAGAAACACGUGGCCACGAUGCCACCACCUCUGCUGCGGCUGACCACCACAGAUGAGGCUGGCAAAGAGAACCAAAACCAACACGCACGGCAGCAGCAGCAGCAGCAGCAGCGCCAGCCGCUGUUGCGUGAUCCAGCCAAGCUUCGAGCAGCAAAGAACGACGCAGCACGGAAAGAGCAGACACUCGGGGGCGAUGGAGCUGCUGCCCCUUUGCUACGCCUGUUGAAGCAGUCGACACCACCAGACACACAAGUGCAAGGUGGAAGAACGACUAUCAAGUGCAACCAUGGGCAGUCAGGCCCCCUGUUACUUCGCUUGCCUGCAGCACUCUCAAACCAACAGGCGCCCUCGCAACAGCCCUCUCCAGCAACACCGACACCGACGCCUCGUCGUCGCCCACAAACUGCCGGUGUUGGCAUCCCAACACUUGCUUUGGACGUGAGUACGUUGGGUGACACAACAAGCAGCACUGCUGGUUCUGACCCUCUACAAUCACAACAACAACAACAACAACAACAACAACAACAACAACAACAACAACAACAACCGCAAGCGUCGCCUUUCGGUGUCACGCAUCCAAAUCGAACCAUGAGACGGGAGCAGCAGCGACGACGACGGCGGCCCCAAUCGCAACAGCAGCUGCCGGACGCACACACGCGUGAUGCGAACGGUAUUCGGAAUUGGAGCCCCGCUAGCGAUCGGCGUGACGCAGCUAUGCAAUCUGUGCUGUAUGAGCGCGUUGGAAACCUCACGCAGCAUGCAGUUCAAGCGUGUUGUGAUGCCGUGCAAGCCGCUGUUCAGCGACACCUCAGACACGGUCGAAGGUGCAACGAUCACGUUAGUGAUAGCGACGAAGACGACGACGACGACAUCAGGAUCUACCGCGCUCGUGCACAUGGGCGCCAUGGACACCGUGCCCAUGUCAACAACAGCACGGACAGCAGCGACACUGGGAGCGAAGGAAACGAUCAGGAUUGGCGUGCGCAUCGUGCGCAGAGACGGCACAAGCACCACCGCCACCCUGGUACGGCAGCAGUCAGUGAUGGCCUGGGGACACAUGAGGGCAGAUCAACUGCUGAGGCUGAGACACAAACACGCGAACCGCAGCGCCAGGAGCAGGUGGUGCAAACUGGACAGGACAUUGCGCAUGCACUCGGGAUUGACGGGUUUGCUGUUGGCACACAAACAGGAGGUGAUGAUGCUGAUGGUGCUGUCCCUGUAGUUGGGAGAGACCGCACAGGUGAGCUUGUGGAGCGCAUGCGCGCUGUUGAGCAGGAAUUGGCGAGCACGCGAACGCAGGCGUUGAACAUGGCCCAGCAGGUUGCGGCUGCCCGCGAUGCUGAGGCGAGUGCGGGUACACCCCAGCUGUUGCAGCUGCAUGAUGGAGAAUCACAGCGCACGAUUGAAACUCAGACCUGGCCCAGAGAGGACGCGAUGGUGCACCCGCCUGCUCAGAUUGAUCUUGAGAGCGCUGUGGUCGUGCAGCUCCCCCCGUUUGCAGCGCACGGUGACGGGUUUCCCGUGCCGCCGCAGGAUUCGGGCGGAGGGCGCGGGUUUGUGAGCGUGCAGCCGGUUGCCGCGCCAACAAAUGAAGAGCUUCUGCGUGACGCUGAGAUUUACAGUGCACGGCACCGCGAACAGCAGCAGCAGCAGCAGCAGCAGCAGCAGGGAGGGCGGUGGCAGCGGCGGGGACAAAGGUCGACAAGAGCACCUGCAACAGCACAGUAUGCUCAUCUCCUCCGCACCCACCACGAUGACGCACAACAACAACAACAACAGCAGCAGCAGCAGCAGCAGCAGGAACAGCGAGAAGAGCAACGACCACAACUAUCACAACAACAGCAAGAACCGCAACGCCAACAAGAACAACAACGCCAACAAGAACAACAACGACAACGACAACAACAGCAGCAGCAAGAACCGCAACGCCAACAACAACAACAACAACAACAACAACGACAACAACAACGAGGACAACAACCACAACAACAACAGCAGCAGCAGCAGCAAGAGGGAGGCAAGACAGCUGCAGCAUACUCUCCGUUUACAGACAUGCAUGAACUGUUGGGUUCCAUGGAUGUGCGAUUGAACCGGCUGGACCAGCUGUCACAGCGCGUGCAAGCCAUUGGACGCAAGCACACAACAUACCCGCUCAGGCGAAGGAAGGCAAACACAAGCGACAACGAGGAAGCAUGGCAGUUCAACAGCGGUGGGGCGCGGCGUGCAUAA